AUGGCUCAUUCGGAGAGCUGCGAGUGCGGCGGCGAGCGGCGUCACCCGAGCAUUCUAUACAGCCUGCUGAAGAAGGAAAGCGCCCCGUGCGGGUUCGCGCGAGCGCCUCGUAGCGCCAGGUUCACCGUAGCGGCGCGCACGUGCGCGUGCGGUGUCGCGAGGCCGGUAGCGCUGCGCUCGCCACACGCAACGUGCUCAGCGGCCUCGGCUGUACUCGCCAAGACGCUGCGCUUCGUCAAGAGCGUGCCGUGUUUCGGUGAGCUGCCCGCCUGCGAUCAGCGCGCUCUGGUGCGCAGUGGAUGGGCACCUUUGCUCGUUCUCGGAAUGGCGCAGGACAGACUGGACUUCGAGACGCGCGAGAGCACCGAACCCAGUAUGCUGCAGCGCCUCCUCACCGGCACGCACGAACGGCCCGCCAGCCCCCGCGACCACGGUACUAACGUCCUUAACGGCGGCGGAGGGGUGGCGCUGGCCGAGGCGCAGGGCAUUAAAGCGUUCCUCAGCAAAUGCUGGGACCUCGACAUCAGCACCAAGGAGUACGCCUACUUAAAAGGAGCCAUUCUGUUUAACCCGGACAUUGCUGGACUGCAGUGUCAGCACUACAUCCAGGCUCUGCAGAGCGAAGCGCACCAGGCUCUUAAUGAACAUGUCAAACUGAUUCACCGAGGAGACGCCACAAGGUUUGCCAAACUCUUCAUUGCCCUCUCAAUGCUACGAUCCAUCAAUGCCAAUGUUGUGGCAGGGCUCUUCUUCAGACCCGUCAUUGGCACAGUAAACAUGGAAGAACUUCUCCUCGAGAUGUUUUACGGAAAGUAG